UUUCUGGUGCACCUCUGCCUCCUUUUAGCUCUCCACCAUGAAGAUACUUGCUCUGGGAUUUUCCAUACUGGCUCUGCUGACAUUUGGAAAGGCUCAAGAUGACAACACCUCGGCUGUCACUACACCUGAAGCAACUUCCCUUGAAACGAAUUCUAUGACCAUGCCUAUGACCGCUGACACAACCACCGCUUCGCCUAACACUACAACUGCUGGGCCACUAGACAUGACCACCAUCAAAAGCAUUACAGCUACAACCACCUCUCCAGCCACAUCUACAACUGUCACCACAACCACUACUACAACCGCCACCCCAUCCAGUACUGCAAGUGGUACGACCACCCCUAAAACAACAGCUAAAACCACUUCCUCUACUACAAGUGGUAUGACCACCCCUACAACAACGACAAAAAACACUUCCCCAGUCACCACUACAACCAUGUCUGUGACCACCCCUACAACAACGACAAAAAACACUUCCCCAGUCACCACUACAACCAUGUCUGUGACCACCGCUACAAUCACCACCCCAAACAUUACUGCAAUUUCUAAUACCACCAUGAAUACAACUACCUCGCCAAACACAACUAUGACAAUGACAACCAACAAAAACACCACCCCACAUAGUGGAGGCCCAGAAGUCAAAGCUUUUCUGCUGUUUUCUGUUGUGCCAUCUUUGCUUUACACGCUCUGUCCCUGAAAAAUAACCCACCAAAAGGGCUAAAAGAAUCUUGGAUCACCGAUUCUGAGUGUAAAUGAAGACUGAGUUGAACUGAAUGCAGACGCGCUCCAAAGAAGUGGCUGAAUGAUUGAUUCAAAUCUAACCUUUUUAUGUAUGACAUUUACAAAUCAUUUUUAUGUUAACUACGUAUAUU